AUGUCCGCCCCUGAACAUCCUCAUCCACCUCCUCCUCCCGCAACCAACCCCAAUCCACCUCCUCAACCUAACCCAGCUCCUACUCCUAAUCCUAAUCCAUCAUCGUCUAAACCCCCACCUGUGGCUAAACCCAAACCAGUCGAACUCACCGGCUUUCGAUCCGCCCUCUCUCACACAGGUAUACCCCACAGCGUCCUUACGUGGAAACCCAAACUCCCCUCGAGGAACUGGCUUAUAUUCUGGACCAUCACCGCUUCCAUCUCCGGAGCGUACUACUAUGAUCGUCGAGAAUGUAAGCGUAUAAAGGAAGAGACAAUAAGAAAAGUCGAAAGUCAAGGAAAGGAGAUACUUCAGGGAGGAAGUCUGGGAUUGAAUAGGAAAGUAACGGUUUAUGGAGCCAAGUGGCCUGGGGAUGAGGAUACGGAUAGGGCUUUGAGGUAUUUUAGGAAAUAUGUCAAGCCAUAUCUCGUAGCCGCAGCUAUAGAUUAUGACCUCCCCACCUCCCCUCUACACGGGUCCAUCACUCGUCAAAUCCACGCCAAGAUCCUCGCUCAGCGUAGACAAGCCUUGGGACUGGAAUCUCCCUCACCUCAAUUAUUUUUACCUGGUGUACUGUCGCCAGAGGAGUAUCACAAGAGAGAAUUGGAAGGAGGGGUGGUACUGGUCGGAAGAGCGAGUUUGAAAGAGUACAUGGAAGGUUUGAAGAGAGGUUGGAUGGGUAGAGUCGAUAGUUGGAAAUGGGAAGAUGAGAUUGAAAAUAAGUUAAAGAAUGAUGGGGUGUUCGAUCAACCACAACCAACAGAACCACAAUCGACAGAACGGGAUGCACCAUUGGAAAACACUCCGGGAGUAACGAAUACUCCCACUGCACCUACACCCAAGGCGUCCACCGGAUUAGGAUUCCUCUCACGACCUCAACCACCCUCACCUCUUCCAACCGGCCAAUCGCCACAAAGUACUUAUCAGAUACCCGAAAGAUAUCAUACACCUCCAUCACCUUUACCUCCCCAGCCACCUAUAUUGUUAUUACCUUUUGUCAAUCAUAUUGGAUUCAGUCAAAUCCCUCAAAUGAUCUCAUCGUUCUUCACUGAACGUCAUAGGGUCAAAGAAGGUUCCGAAGCUGCCUUGGCACUGAUAAAUAACCAUAUCAGACCUUUUAACCCUUCCUCGGGUGAUCUGGAUUUCGAUGUAGCUUCGGAAGAAUAUUAUAACAAAGAUUCUCGGAAGUUACCUACCAAGAUUGAAGAAGCCAGAAAAGAUUAUUAUGAGAAUCUAAAGGUUCGUAUCGAAGAAGCUAGGAAGUAUGAGAAUGGUGAAAGGGAGAUGACCGAGGAAGAGAAGAAAUCAGGUAAAGUGACUAGAGUUGAUGAUUUGAUGGAGGAAAGGAAAAAGAAGGAAUUAAGAUGGAUGGGUAACGAGGAAGGUUGGGAGAUUAUCAGACCUGAAAGUCAGGUUAGUUGGGAUGACAGAUGGUCAAAUGGAAAUGGGGAUGGGUGGUUGAAGGUAUUUGAGUUACCAAAGUCAGAUUCAGAUGAGAAGAGUGAAUAG